GACAUGGCAUACAGGUUCCUCUCAAGCCGGAUCGUGCCAUCUUCUAUUAGGUUCAGCAAACGAUUUAUUUUCUUGUUCAUGCUUUCGUUGUCCUUUACGUAUUUAUGCUACAGCAUUCUUUAUUGUGGUAGUACAAUCAUGACAAACCAGACUUUUGAGGAGAGAAGUUGCCUCCACAAGAAUGUAGGUGGCAAAAAACUUCUGCAAAAAUUACGUGAUUGCACUUUUCCCACGGACAUGAGGAUUGUCGUCAAUGAGACUCUGACUCAACAAGGAUCAAAUCAUGCUCGUAACCAAAGUAUACAUACUGCCUUCUCUAGUACUCACGCACGGAAUACUGUCUUUUCUGAAGUUAUGUUAAAUAAUAUUACUGUUGCACAAAAAUAUGGCAACAAGAAGUUACCGAACGCACUAAUUGUCGGUGUGAAAAAGGGGGGCACUAGGGCGGUCCUGGAGUUCAUUCGAAUUCAUCCGGAUGUGCGCGCGCUUGGUACAGAGCCACACUUUUUCGAUAGGAACUAUGACAGGGGACUUGAUUGGUACAGGGGGCUAAUGCCAAGGACACUAGACAGCCAAAUCACCCUGGAGAAGACCCCCAGCUACUUUGUAACCAGAGAGGCUCCGAGGCGCAUUGCCAGUAUGUCCCAAGACACCAAGCUGAUUGUGGUGGUGCGUAACCCGGUCACCAGGGCCAUCUCUGAUUACACACAGACUCUGUCAAAGAAGCCUGACAUUCCCAGUUUUGAGGAGCUGGCCUUUAAGAACAGGAGCCUAGCUCUGGUGGACACCUCCUGGAACGCCAUUCGCAUUGGCAUGUACAUCCUCCACUUGGAGAACUGGUUGCAGUACUUUCGCCUAUCACAGAUCCACUUUGUGAGUGGCGAGCGUUUGAUCACAGAUCCAGCAGGAGAGCUAGGCCGGGUGCAGGACUUCCUGGGACUCAAACGAAUCAUCACAGACAAGCACUUCUACUUUAACAGAACCAAAGGAUUUCCCUGCCUGAAGAAGCCUGAGAGCAGUAGCCAGCCACGCUGCCUGGGCAAGUCCAAGGGUAGAACUCAUGUGCAGAUUGACCGGGAGGUUAUUGAGCAGCUGCGGGACUUUUACAGGCCUUUUAAUGUUAAGUUCUAUGAGACUGUUGGACAUGAUUUCAGAUGGGACUGAAAGUGUGGUGGAAAAAGAGGACGUACAGGCUAAUUGUCAUUGGCUACCUCAGUGAAGUCAUCUGUUCUUUUGCUGUGUAAUGACUUAUGAUGAGCGCUAGUCCAUGAACACCUGAAAAGCAACCUUAACCAAUCUAUCUGAAAAGUUUUAAAACAAUGCAGCGCGAAAGUGCUGUGUAUGUACUUCACCAUUAGCUUAAAUAUUCUGCAAUUGAAACAUUUGAAAUAGCUAUAGUAUGUACAUGGUUCACCGCCUAUUUGU